GCCGUCGCCGCGGCCGGGGCGGGGGGCGAGGCCGGGCCCGGGAGCGGGCGGCGUGGCGUGGAGGCCGCUUUCUCCAGAGUUAGGGGCCCGAGCUGACUUUGAGCCCUUUGGAGUUGCUGGGUCGUUGCAGCCCGGCCAAGAGGAGACCCAGUUCCCGUUUUGAAAUCAGCCCGAAAAGCGCUUAAUCCGGGCGAGGUCGAGUUGCUGGAGGAGCGGGGGUGCCUGCCCUCCUUCCCACUCAGGGUGGGCCGCGGCCUGACAGCACGGCACAAGCCCGUCGGGGAGAAAUGCUCACCCCAAACCUCACACGGCCCCCCGGCCCUCGUGGGCUCCCCGUGAAUAAAGCUGGCGCUCGGAGGGUCCUCUUCCUCCACCGCUUGCUCAUCCGGGGGCAGGCCGGGGUGGAGGUCUUGGGCCGCCUCCUUUCCUCGGGGCUAGGGGGCAGUUUUGGAAAGAUGAAAGUGGGGGCACGGAACCGGUCCGCCUGGAGACCCACGUGGGGCGGUACCGUGGUCCAUCCUGAGGGUUCCCGCCAUUGGGCCCAGACCCUGAUCAUCCUGCGAUCCUUCAUUUUGGCUGAAAGCUUUCUACCCAGAAGUGCAUAACUGGGGCUGCCCCCGUGUGUUCCCUUGGUUGUGGCUGCAGAGUUAAGGGGGAGGUGUUAUUGGGUAUCAGUGGGCAAACUGGCUGGAGGGCGGAAGGCAAGCAAAUGAAGGAGUCGCUCUGGCCCCUCCUCCUCGUGCCCCCCCGCGCCAAGUGAAGAAGAAAGUUUUUUUUUGUUUGUUUUUCUUUUUUGAUCCUGCUUUUGUAGGCUUUCUUCCUGACUCUUUCUUUAAAAUGGGGGUUCUUUUCCUGGGUCCAUGGAGUGGCCCUGGGGAGAUCCUGAAAUCUACGCAAAGUUGCCUGGGCGGCAUGUUUCCUGGGGGAGUAGUUGGCUUUCAAGGGUAUCAAGAAAAGGCCUGAACCCGUGCAAGGCUGAGUACUCAGGAGUUAGGGACCUCCUUCCCUCCCUCCCUCCCUCCCCGCCUCCCUCCCUCCGUCCUCUGGCAGCCCUGAGUGCGGCCUCUCAUUUGCAAAUAAAGCUCUGUGUUUGCCCUUUUCUGUCUUGAGGCCUUGAUGUGUGCUGGUGGUUACAGAUCGGGAGAGAUAGGGCACACGGCAUCUGGGGCGGGCGGUGUGGGCCAUUUCGCUUUGACCUUUCUGGUAACCUCGGGGGCCCCAGGACUCUGGAAUCCCGCCCCAAGCAGCUUCUCAGAAGCUUCGAUCCAGUCCCAGCCCUGCCACGGGGACGUCCGGGGAGGAGGGACGGGCAGCACCAGGUCAAUUUUUGUUUUGUUUUUAGAAAGUGGAGUAAUUGCUUUCUCUCCACCACAGCCCGCGCGUGCUUGGGAAGUGAGCUCUGAAUAAAGGGAGAGGAUUUGUAAAUAUUCUGCUCCUGCCUGCCUGGCCCAGCAGAGCGGUCACGGGCAGAAAGUGAAAGUGGGGGGUGGUGGCGGAGUAAAAAGCGAACCGCCUACCGCCCGCCGCAGCCGGCGGCUCCUCCUGCGCCCUCUUCCUCCAGGCUGGCGAGUUGCCAGCUGCCCGAGCCCUGCGCCGGGCAAGCGGCGAGGUGCACGGCCAUUUCCUGGUUCUCGGCGGCAGAGCUUUCCCUGGGGAGUGCUGGCCGCGGCCCCGAGUGCAGUGGUUGGUUCGGGACCAGCAGGCCACCUCCGCGGGCCGGCUCCAGCGUGUGCCUGGCUCUCCGUCCGCCGCUGGUGGGCCCUGUUCUCCUCGGGAGAGCGGCUCUCAUCCAGUGGGUCUAGGGGGAGCUGGGCCGGGUCGGGAGUGGGGGGCCCACCGCCCCCCAGCGAGCGGCUGCACCUGGCCGCUUGCUUCAAGCCUCUCUGCAGGUCGCUGGAUUUUCGGGGCGGUCGUGUGGGUGGGUGAGGAGCCUGGUCCGCCUUUCCCGUCUCCCCACGUGAUGGUCUAGCUGUAAAGCGACGGGACCCCCAGGCAGGGCCCACAGACCCUGCAUUAGCAGGUCAGUAUCUAGUCAGCAUUCCUUGCUUCCGAAGGAGACUUCAGUGAAUUGUGGCAGAAAGCAGCAUUCUCCUUGCUGUAUACCUGCCUGCUGGGAACUUGUCAGGGGAGCCCCUGCUUGGGGGCCCACCCUCCGUCCCACCCGAGGCUCUGCCCCCCGGUUUCAGCAGGUGUCAGAGCAGCGCGCAGCGGCCCGGUGUGCUUGGCUCGGGGGUGCUGGUAGGUGCCCAGGUGGUGAGUGGCUUGUUGCACCUCCUCAGCCAGCCCACCCCGCCCCCGCCCCGCACAUUGUGAAUCCCUUUGGCACCUGCACCCCUGCUCCGGGUGCCUGUGGUCCUGCCUCAGAGAAGCACGGGCCUCUUAAAGGCAAAGCGUCACUUUCUGGAUCUGGAGCGGAGAUGACGGUUACCUGUGUGGGGAUGUCUGUCCAGAGGCCGGAGGCUCUGCUGUGUCGGUGCUGUGGGUGCUGCCUGACUGGGCCCAGACAUGGGAUGUCGCACCUCGGCGGGGAGCACAGCGGAAGCCAGGGCCUUGCCGAGCUGCUGCUGCCGUGACGGCCAGUGAGCGAGCAGCCGGAGGAUGUCCACCACGACGACGGUCACCCCCGCGGGGAUCCCGGCGGUCCCGGGCCCCGUGAACCCGCCCCCGCCAGAGGUCUCCAACCCCGCCAAGCCCGGCCGCAAGACCAACCAGCUGCAGUACAUGCAGAACGUGGUGGUGAAGACGCUCUGGAAACACCAGUUCGCUUGGCCCUUCUACCAGCCCGUGGACGCCAUCAAGCUGAACCUGCCCGAUUAUCAUAAGAUAAUAAAAAACCCCAUGGAUAUGGGGACUAUUAAGAAGAGACUGGAGAAUAAUUAUUAUUGGAGCGCGAGUGAAUGUAUGCAGGACUUCAACACCAUGUUUACAAAUUGUUAUAUUUAUAACAAGCCCACAGAUGACAUAGUGCUCAUGGCCCAAGCCUUAGAGAAAAUUUUUCUCCAGAAAGUGGCCCAGAUGCCCCAGGAGGAAGUUGAGUUAUUACCCCCUGCUCCAAAGGGCAAAGGCCGGAAACCAGCUUCUGGAACCCAGAGUGCAGGUACGCAGCAAGUGGCGGCCGUGUCCUCUGUCUCCCCGGCAACCCCCUUCCAGAGUGUCCCCCCCACGGUCUCCCAGACGCCCGUCAUCGCUGCCACCCCUGUGCCAACCAUCACUGCAAACGUCACGUCGGCCCCUGUCCCCCCGGCUGCUGCCCCGCCCCCUCCCGCGACGCCCAUCAUCCCCGUGGUCCCUCCCACGCCGCCCGUUGUCAAGAAGAAGGGCGUGAAGCGGAAAGCAGACACUACCACGCCCACGACGUCCGCCAUCACCGCCAGCCGCAGCGAGUCGCCCCCACCGCUGUCGGACCCCAAGCAGGCCAAGGUGGUGGCACGGCGGGAGAGCGGGGGCCGCCCCAUCAAGCCGCCCAAGAAGGACCUGGAGGACGGCGAGGUGCCCCAGCACGCGGGCAAGAAGGGCCGGCUCUCGGAGCACCUGCGGCACUGCGACAGCAUCCUCAAGGAGAUGCUGUCCAAGAAGCACGCAGCCUACGCCUGGCCCUUCUACAAGCCGGUGGACGCCGAGGCCCUGGAGCUGCACGACUACCACGACAUCAUCAAGCACCCGAUGGACCUGAGCACCGUCAAGAAGAAGAUGGACAGCCGUGAGUACCCAGACGCACAGGGCUUUGCAGCCGACAUCCGGUUGAUGUUCUCCAACUGUUACAAGUACAACCCCCCCGACCACGAGGUGGUGGCCAUGGCCAGGAAGCUGCAGGACGUGUUUGAGAUGCGGUUUGCCAAGAUGCCGGACGAGCCGGUGGAGGCGCCCACGCUGCCCGUGCCCGCGGCCCCUGUGGUCAGCAAGGGCAUGGAGAGCAGCCGCAGCAGCGAGGAGAGCUCCUCGGACUCAGGCAGCUCGGACUCGGAGGAGGAACGGGCCACGCGGCUGGCGGAGCUGCAGGAGCAGCUGAAGGCUGUGCACGAGCAGCUGGCCGCCCUGUCUCAGGCCCCAGUGAACAAGCCAAAGAGGAAGAAGGAGAAGAAGGAGAAGAAGAAGAAGGACAAGGACAAGGAGAGGCACAAGGCCAAGUCCGAGGACGAGAAGAAGGCCAGGGCGGCCCCGCCCGCCAAGCAGGCCCAGCAGAAGAAGGCGCCCGCCAAGAAGGCCAACAGCACGACUGUGGCUGGCAGACAGCCGAAGAAGGGCGGCAAGCAGGCGUCGGCCUCCUAUGACUCGGAAGAGGAGGAAGAGGGGCUGCCCAUGAGCUACGAUGAGAAGCGCCAGCUCAGCCUGGACAUCAACCGGCUCCCGGGGGAGAAGCUGGGCCGGGUAGUGCACAUCAUCCAGUCGCGGGAGCCCUCGCUCAGGGACUCCAACCCCGACGAGAUAGAGAUUGACUUUGAGACUCUAAAACCCACCACUUUGCGGGAACUGGAGAGAUAUGUCAAGUCUUGUUUACAGAAAAAGCAAAGGAAGCCAUUCUCCACGAGCGGGAAGAAGCAGGCGGCCAAGUCGAAGGAGGAGUUGGCUCAGGAAAAGAAGAAGGAGCUCGAGAGGCGGCUGCAGGACGUCAGCGGGCAGCUGAGCAACAGCAAGAAGCCCGCCAAGAGAGAGAAGUCAGGCUCGGCGCCCUCGGGAGGGCCCUCCCGGCUCAGCAGCAGCAGCUCCUCCGAGUCCGGCAGCAGCAGCUCCAGCGGGUCCAGCUCCGACAGCAGCGACUCGGAAUGAACUCUGGGCUCUCGCGGGCGGAACAGAACCAGCGGACGUCGCCCACGCCGAAACUCUGCAGUGUUCCCUUCUAUGGUUAAUAUACGAUUUUCCUUCCAUGGUGUGCAGGUUCUCUUCUUAAUUCAGUGUUAUGGUAUCUUCCAGUUUUGGCUUGAAUAGGUCAAAGAUCUUUCCGUGUGUGUCCAUUAGACUUUAUGAGAAGCUGUGAAUCUGCAUAACGCCUUUCCUUCGUAACUGAAUUCAGUCCCUUGGAGAUGACAACUUCAAACGCUAACCUGAUGACCGUAGAAAAACACGUAAGGUGUGAUCCGAAGGUUCUUGCAAAAUCCCUUUUCUUACGCCCGACCUGGUCUGUAGCUCCAGCGAGAAUUUCUCCAAAGGAGAUGUCUCGGAAAUGGUACCAUGUGUGAAAGCUGUUAGCUUUGCGAACAGGCGUUUGUCUUUGGGGGCCUGGGCUCUGACCCUCACGUCCGAGGGGUCACCUCUUUCUGCAGGGGCUGAGGACAGCCGUGCCUGCCCCUGCCGUGAGGGCCAGGGCUGGGCCCAAGCGGGGAGGGGUCAUCGUCACUGCAGCCAGAGCUCCCGCGGGUGGGGGACCGGCGAGGGUGGGCGUGGAAGGGAGCCGAGUUUUUCUGAUCUCUGUGACGUCGGGAGCUCCCGGGAGGGAACACAGUGGCUGCGUGUACAACGCGCGGGUUCCCAAACACUGAAAACUUUUACCUCAACUUAAAAGAAAAAAAGAAGAAAAAAAAAAGAAGAAAAGAUUAAAAAAAAAAAAAAUACAGAAGGAGACUUUUUUGUAAGGUUCAGCAGUUUUCUACAAAAGGCCAGCCCCCACGUGUGUCCCCAGCCCAGCCGCUGCCACGCACUCCGGAACCAUUGUCCCAGUUUCAUGUAUAUAUGAAUACUUUAUUUAUUAAGAUCAUUGGUCAUUUUUUUUAAAAAAAAAAAAAAAAAGGAAAGAAAAACAAAACUGCAAAAGAAACACAUUUUUAAAAAAAAGUGGCAGAGACGCAGGCCUUUUAAAUGGUUUGAAGGGGAGCCCCAGACCCUGCUGGCCGGCGGGCCUCUCACCUCCAGGUGCUACAGCCUGCUGUCGCCGUGCCGGUGCUCAAUCACGUCUGUGCGCUUGCUCUCGUCUCGGGGCUGCUGGGGUUUUUCUUCUUGUUCUUUUUCGUGUGUGUAUGAAAUUUGGAGACUUACAGGUGUAGACGACUUCCAGCUGCAGCAUAUUCUGAUUUUUUAUUUCGUUUGUUUAGUUCUUUUGUAUUCACUUCUGGUCUCUCUUAGGACUGUUUUAAAAGACUUCAAUUUAGGGAACCCCAGUUAUAUAAUAUAAACUUUGUAAUCUGAGAGAAGAAAAAUGUAUAGUAAAUCUAAGUCUUGAUUUUUAACUUUCUAUUGUAAAAAAUAAUAAUAAUAAUAUACAGAGUUUAACAGAAGGUUAUGUUUUGGUUUUGUUUUCGCCAGAGGCCACCAUACGGCCUUUGAGUGCAGGGACGCCCCAUCCACACUGCCUGCCUACGCUCUGACCAUUGUGGCUUUGGCCAGGAAUGCAAGGGCCCCCGGACGGGGCACCCCUGACCCCCCACCUCCAGGAGAGGGGCGCGGCCCCUGCUGCCCCACACGGUCUUCCAGCCGCCAGCAGUGGCGGCACGGGGCUCCCUGCUCACGCAGUUUCCAGUUAGCACAGAAGUGACCGCAACAGUCUCUCCCCGUGGAGGCUUUACUGAGGGGGGUGCUGGAGGUGGAGCCGCAGGUGGCCUGGCCUCUUGUCUGGUGGCGAGUUCUUUCUGCCAGCACUUCUGGAUGGAUUGGCGGACUAGUUGUUGGUAUCCUAACAGGCGGUAGUUUCUAAAAAUCCUAAAGUCGACUUGGAUUCCACCAACACUUACGGCUGGAGGAUACCUCUGAUGGGUGUAGAACUCGGAUGAGGCGAUGGAUGGUGGAUUACCAUUUUUCUGACUGCUGGUGAUUCUGACCUUUGGGUGAGUUUUGAGCCAGUCUGUUCAACUUUUUUCAUUAAGUUUUGUUUGUGAUAAAAAUAUAAAUGGAUUUUAGACUUGCCAUUUUUUAAAGCUGCCCUGUUUUUCAAAGGUGUUUUCUAAGCAGAUCUUUAAUGGAGUAAAUAGCCUAUGACUUUAAGGAAAUUCGACACGAUGGAAGGUCCUGAAGCAGGAUCUCAUGGGCAGUAUGCAGCAGGCACGCAUCUGAGUAACAAACAGACCCCAGCCGGGGGGCCUGGAGGUGCUGGGGGCUCCCGUGGGGCGCCCCUCCAGCCGCGAGCGGGGAGGGUCACCUGUGCCAGCCACUCAGCGGGGGACAUCGGGCCCUAGAGCUGAGCGCAGCGGGAGCGUUUCCUUACCUGCUGGUUCUGUGUUGGGAGAGAUGCGGCGUCUCAGCCACCUGUGCUCCUUUCCUCUGGAAGAUCUGCUGGCUUUGACGCCGCCGGAGGGCUUAGUCCGUGCUGAGCGGUUGUAGUUCAUUGGUUUUUUAAGGCUUUCUGUCCAGACUUCAAAACUGAUUUCAGAGUUUUGGGGGGACCUCCUCCACCCCCCCGAGGUCAGCCUGUGGGGGUGUUCGCCAUUUCCAUUUCUCUGCGUUGGGCAAGCGGAGUUCCAGUGCCGAGAACCGGAGGGCAGCCUGUCAAGGCUCAGGGCCUGUGUUCAGUGGGUCGGCCUCGCGCAGGGCCCGGAAAUGGCUUUGAAACAGUCCUCGUGAUCCCUGGGGGCCGAGGGGGCGGCUUGGGCUGUUAACCGAAUUCCAGAGACCCUUGCUCACUCAUCUUGGCUUACAAACUGUUAAGAUACGUUUUUCUUUUCUGUUUGUUUUUUGGUUUUUGUUCUUUUGCAACAUUCACAUCUUUUACAGUUUGGGGGGUGGGGAACGCCGCCCACGAUAAAGGAUUUGUUAUACCUGGUGUAGCGCUGUUCCCUAAUACUGGCAUAACACUUCCAGGAGGUUUUUCUUUUUUAUAUUUAAAAUGUUACUUUUCUGUAUGAUGUGCAUGCAAGUUUACCGUAACUUUUCUUAAACUUUUUAGUGCCGUUUCUAGUAUAUUCCUGUAAAUGUCAGUUACUGAAAAUGAGUCCAAUGUAAGUAGUUUUAGCUUGUUUAUUGCAAUGCUGGCCUCAACACAACGGAAUAAAAAUGGUAGAAAGUA